UAUAUACCUACCUAUAUCUCUCUUCCUCUCUCUCACACCUAGAAUUCAAUUCCUCAAUCUCAGUCAUAGGCAAGAUGCUCUUCCGUCAUCUCCCCCUCCUUCGCGCCAGAAUCCCCUCCUCCACCAUCAUCCACAACAGAAGAACCUUGGCUUCAUCUGCUCCCAGAUGGAACGCCAAUGAGUCCAGCGCCUACAGGGAAGGUAUGGCCCGGUACAAGCUCUUCGUGGGCCCAUUUGCCAAGGUCUUUCUGGGCGCCAUUUUUACCUACCAGAUGCUUUACUGGACCUGGUUGAAACUGGAGAUGAAUGAGUCCAAGUAUGAGAAGAACCAAGAGGUUGCGGCGCUGGAGCAGAAGGCGAAGGAAUUGACCGGCGCGCAAAAAUAGAGGCUGUCCCCCCCUGUGUAUGGUUUACAUUUUCCUGGAUUAUAUAUACCCCCUACGUCCAUGUGGAAAAUUCAGGAAGUCUGUCUUUGGCAUGCGUGUCUUCGUUGAUUGUAUAUUCAAACGCUAUGAAAAUGGUUUGACUGGACGUGUG